AUGUCAUUUCAGGAGUUAGUAACAUUCGGGGAUGUGUCUGUAAACUUCACUCAAGAAGAAUGGAAAUGGCUGAACGAUGCUCAGAGAGACUUGUACAGGAAGGUGACCCUGGAGAACUAUAGGAGCCUAGUGUCGCUGGAUUGGGAUUAUGUAUUCAAAGGCAUUGAACUUUCAUCAAAGCAAGAUAUUUGUGAAGAAUCAGCCAAAGUCCUACGGACAGAAAGAAGCCAUCUUAGUUACAGCCCCGACUGUGCCAAUUUGGAGGAAGACCGUGCAAUUGAAGACUGGUUUAAGAACAAGUUGGACGGUCAGGAGGUGCCCUCGAAUGAGCCACUCAUCAUUCAUAAAGACCUCCCUGAAGGUCAAAGCCUUGGGGGUAGUCCACCUUGGCAAUCAUUCUGUCAGGAUGCAAUACUAGAUAAACCCCAAAGUUUCUCUACCAAAGAAAGAACGCAUCCAUGUGAGCCACCAAAGAGAAGUCACCGGAAAAAGUCUGUCGGAAUGAAUCGUAAGAAGGUCCACGUAGAAAAGAAAGUCCUCAAGUGUAAUGAAUGUGAGAAAGUCUUUAACCAGAGUUCGUCCCUUACUCUCCAUCAGAGAAUUCAUACAGGAGAGAAACCCUUCGCAUGUAUUGAAUGUGGGAAAGCCUUCAGCCAGAGCGCGAACCUGGCUCAGCAUAAGAGGACCCAUACUGGGGAGAAACCGUACGAGUGUAAAGAGUGUCGCAAGACCUUCAGCCAGAAUGCACAUCUUGCCCAGCAUGAAAGGGUUCACACCGGAGAGAAGCCGUAUCAGUGUAAAGAGUGUAAGAAAGCCUUCAGCCAGAUUGCCCACUUGACUCAGCAUCAGAGAAUUCACACCGGAGAGAGGCCUUUCGAGUGUGCGGAGUGCGGGAAAGCCUUCAGCAACGGCUCGUUUCUUGCUCAGCAUCAGCGGAUCCAUACAGGAGAGAAACCGUACGUGUGCAAUGUGUGUGGGAAGGCGUUCAGUCACCGUGGAUACCUGAUUGUGCAUCAGAGAAUUCACACCGGAGAGAGACCCUAUGAGUGUAAGGAGUGCAGGAAAUCUUUCAGCCAGUACGCCCACCUUUCUCAACACCAGAGAGUCCAUACCGGAGAGAAGCCUUAUGAAUGUAAAGUCUGCGGGAAAGCUUUUAGUCAGAUUGCUUACCUUGAUCAGCAUCAGAGGGUCCACACCGGAGAGAAACCCUAUGAGUGUUCGGAAUGUAGAAAGGCUUUCAGCAACAGUUCAUCGCUGACCCAGCACCAGAGAAGCCACACGGGAGAGAAACCCUACACGUGUAAGGAAUGUAGGAAGACAUUUAGCCAGAAUGCAGGCCUUGCUCAGCAUCAAAGAGUCCACACAGGAGAGAAGCCGUACGAAUGUAGCGUCUGUGGGAAAGCCUUUACUUACAGUGGAUCUCUUACUCUCCACCAGAGAAUCCACACCGGGGAGAGACCGUACGAAUGUAAAGACUGCAGGAAGUCCUUCAGGCAGCGUGCACACCUCGUUCAUCACGAGAGGGUCCAUACUAUGGAGGCAUUCUUGGCCCUGUCCACUCCAUCACCCUCGACAUCCAGUCAGUUGCCAAUAGCUAUAGAUGGGUUUGAUCUCCUAAAUAUGAUCAAAAUCUGACCCGCUAGAACCGUUUAUAUUUCACCCUCCUUG